AUGGAUGUCAGGCCAAAUCAUGCGGUGCUUGACAUGUGCGCUGCUCCGGGAAGUAAAACUGCUCAGAUUCUUGAAGCGCUUCAUGCAAACGAAUCUGAAGCUAUUCCAGAUGGGUUGCUCAUUGCAAAUGAUGCGGAUCAAGCAAGAAGCCACAUGCUUGUGAAGCAGGCGAAGCGCCUGCAAAGUCCUUGUCUGAUGGUGACCAAUCAUGAAGCACAGCAGUUCCCUAACAUCUUCUUCGCACCUAAGGGGUCUCUGGAUGCAAGCGUGCUACAAUUUGAUCGUAUCUUGGCCGAUGUUCCUUGCAGUGGUGAUGGGACGCUACGAAAAAAUAUGCCAAUAUGGCAGACAUGGACGCAGGGCAACGGCAAUGCUCUCCAUCGAGUCCAGUUACCUAUUUUGCUGCGGGGAUGUUCGUUGCUAAAAGUGGGAGGACGCAUCGUGUACUCCACGUGCUCAUUUAACCCUUUGGAGAACGAAGCCGUCGUCGCCGGAGCGCUUAAGGUCGCCGGAGGCGCCUUACGCCUCGUGGAUGUUUCCAGCGAACUUCCCCAGUUAGUCAGGAGACAAGGACUGUCAACAUGGAAGGUCCAAAGCAAGAGCGGUGAAUUUUAUUCAAAAUUUGCGGAUGUGCCUGAAGCAGAAAGCGUUGGUCUGCUUCCGUCGAUGUUUCCUCCUGAGAAUGCUGCCGAAUUGAAUCUCGACCGCUGUCUUCGUGUAUAUCCUUUCUUGCAAAAUACUGGCGGGUUCUUUGUGGCAGUCCUCGAAAAAGUUGCCUCGUACGGGGCGUUGGAUAGGAUCCCUGGUAAUGAGCCCAAUGUAGAACUGGAGGCCACUGCGGAGGAAAAAGAAGAGACUGAGACAAAAGAAGCUACCACAGUGGAAUUGGAUACGAGUUCUAUCAAUGAGCGCAAGCGCUCGCAGGAUGAUGACAGUAACCGCUCAGCAAAGCGCACCCGCACGGAGACUGAAGGGUCCAGCGAAAUUGUGAAAUAUAAGAGCGCUGCAGCAUGGGAGGGCCGCGAAAGUCCAUUUGUUUUCCUGAACAGCGACAACCAAGAGCUUAUGGGCAUGAGGGAAUUCUAUGGACUGGACGACUCGUUUCCACAGGAGCAAUUUGUUGUGCGUUCGGAAAAAGACAAUUACAGGACUGUAUAUUUCGUAUCUCGCGCGAUCAAAAACGUCAUUACUGCCUCCAACUCCUUUCGCCUCAACAUUGUAAAUACCGGAAUUCGUAUAUUUACUCGAAGUGCUGGUAAUGAUACCGGAGCAGAAUGUCCAUUCCGUCUAAGCAACGAAGGAUUGGCAACCAUUGGGCGUUACGUUUCUGGGAAACGUGUCGUGCAAGUACCGAUGUCAGAUAUCGUGACGCUUUUGUCCAUAGAGUAUCCCAAGUUCACCGAAUUUGGAGAAGAAUUGCAGAAGAAGUUGACGGAAAUGUCAAUGGGCAGCUGUAUCAUCAAGUUUGAUCCAACAUUAGAGAAGAAUUACACGGGAAGCGCCAGAAGUACUAUUCUUCUACCUAUUUGGCGUGCCCACGUGAGCGUAUCAUUACUGCUAAACAAACAAGAGCGAAAAUCUCUGAUGCACCGCUUAACGGGGGAAGAUUUAUCUAUUCAGGGGGGUUUAGAUAAUAAUGCGGGAGGUGGCUCAACUGAAGGAGAAUCUCAAAAGGCGGCGAUUGCGGGGGAAACGGAACCCACAACUGAAUCUGUUGCAUAA